AUGUUUAGGAAAUGGCUCGGAGUAACUCUCGAGAUCCGUGGUUUCUCCUAUCCAGAGUCCAUCAUCGAGACGGACCACGGCGGUCUUAUUCUAGAUCCUGGAUUCCGUGGUAAACUAUUCCUCAAGGGGCUCCUCCUCCCGGCAUGCGCGCUAGAGACACGCCCCUUCCACUUCGGCUAUAACUUUGUUCACGGCGAAGUCAAUCGUGACCGACAACGGUUAGUCAAUCCAUAUGAGGAGGCGGACCUAGUGCGAAAAAUUUGGGAAUCAGCAAUCAAACAGAAUCAAGCGCUGAUCCUCCCCGUCUACGUCAACCUACUUCGAGAAUGCCCUCGCGCGCCGGACGUGGAAAUGGCAGACCAGCUUCUAGAGAAACCCACAAGGGUUCUAAUUUGGGAACAUCUCUUGAAGGAGGCAGACGGUCGGAAAUUCUAUUUUUGCCGAUUACGCGACAGCAAGGUGCGUUAG